GGGUUGCUGCCCUUGCGCCGCGUAUUCGUGCCUUGCUGAGAAACUUUCUUCAUCAGAAUGAACUCGGCUGCUACGAAGUUGACAGCGGGAUCCCUCUUUUCAAUUACAAGUCCUUCCCGUGGAGGCAAGACGGAGCUUUGCGGUUUCUGGUCAGAGCACUUCCAUCCAGCAUGAUAAUCAUUGUCAGGACAGGAGUGUCUCACCAAGACGUCCAUCACUGUCCAAAUGGCGGCAGAGACCUUCAUGGAAGAAGCAUGGCAAUGCCGCAAGCAGCUUUGCCCUAUCACGUGUCGACGUGGGACUGUCCUGUCCCUGGAGUCUGAACUAUGUGUGCCCUGGGAUCGUUUGAUCUUUUUAGUACUAUCAGUUGCUUUGGUACAGAUAUGCUUUUCUCGAAGCUGUUGGACCUGUCUUUGCUUCUUGCCAAUGCAUCAAAAAAUCCAAUCACGUGGGUUUGGGUUCAUUGGAGCAUUUUCAUUCUCGCACCGUCUUAUUGGUCGAAGGCAAGAAACGUUGAUGAGAUUGAAAGCGAUACAAUCAUGGAACAACGAGCCCACAAUUUCGAUUGAAGCACGCCCAGAGUUUUUUGCUUUGACGCAUUACUAUUGAAGUUCUUCUCGAUCGCAUUCCCCUUCUUCUUUCCACUUUGAACCAGCCAUGGCCGCCCCUGAAAAGAUAUUCAAGGAGAUUGUCGAUCAACUACCGGAACCUGAUCAGCAUGUGUUGCUGCGUGAGCACAAGAUCACCAACCUUGCGAAGCUCAUGGAGAAGAAAAUGGAAUUCGAACAGUUUCAAGUCGAGGGCGUCUUCGAUGCAGUGCAGGAGUUUCUUGCAGUCGUAUGCCAGUAUCUUUCCAGUCUCGAUGAUGAAGUGGGUGCCUUCUCGUGGGAAGGAUAUGAAAAGUUUUGCGAGUGCGACGACACCAGCGGCGACUAUCAGCUAGACUUGGCUGCGGAGGAGAUCCAAAAGAAGAAGGAAUCUUCGAACGAAGAAUCGGAUCCUAAGGGUCUCGAUCUGACGGCGGAAGAGCGCAAGCAGCUGCAGGAUCAGAUGGAGAAUCAGCCACUGACGAUGAUGAUCCGUGGUUUUUCCCAACGCACUUUACAAUUUGAGACCGAGGACAAAACCAUGAAAGCGGCCGAGGACAAAAGCGAUAAAUUGCAAGUCGCGUUCAAUGGCUCUGUGUACGAUGUAAACAAGUGCUACCACUACCAGCAGCCAAAAGGAAAAGUUGUCGUUGUUGGCAUCCGCAAAUUUACCCGAAACGGGAAAAAGGCAAUCGUUGCUCUCGUUGUUCAAUUCCAAGACACAAUUAUGGGACCCGGGCUUGAGGAAGAGCCACCUAUAGGUGUUCAGGCGACGUACGACGAAGACCAAACUGGAGUCCCCGCCUACGUUCAAGUACGCUUGAAGCCUGGAUUUGAACGCAUUGUACCGCUGUCUUCCCUGAAGCCUUGUUCCAAACCCUCUGAAAUGCCAGAGCUCUUGUAUGAGCCUCAGCAAAUCAGCCAAUCACCUCACAACUUUGGCUUUGUCUAUGAAAACAAUGGGAAGAACCGCGGAAGAGAGCGCCAAGGCGACAUUGGUUUCGUUGAUCUUUUUGCGGGAGCCGGUGGCUUUCAUCAAGGUUUCAUGCAAGCCGGUGGGUUCAAGGGAAUCGCGGCGGUUGACGACUGGGAUGUCGCUUGCGAGACCCUUGCCAAGAACAAUCCAGAGACGAAAGUCUUCUGUCAGAAGGUCGAAGAUUUUCUAGAGGAAAGCGGUCCGACUCCAGUUGAAUUCGAAAAGAGGCACGGAAAAGCGCUUGCCUCCACCUGCGCCCCUUCUUGCCAAUCGUUUUCGGGUAUUAAUCGUGAUGUUGAUCACAAUGGCGAAAAAGAUCUGUAUCGCAAGAACUUGUCGCUCAAGUUUGUCGAUGCUAUGAAGAGAUCUGGGACUCUUGUUAGCGUUUUCGAGAACGUGGAAGGGAUGUGGCGUCGUCCCAACGUUUACUUCCUGAAGAAGAUUGUCAUUGAUCUCAUUCGUCUCGGGUACCAAGCUCGAGUCCGAUUGUAUCGAGCUCAUGUCUUUGGCGACGCACAAGCUCGUCCCCGUCUCAUCAUUAUUGCUGCCAAGAAGUUUGUGGAAAUGCCUAACGUGAUUGAAACUCAUGGACCUGGUAAGCAUCCAUAUGUGACUGUUGGAAAUGCCUUCAAGGCUCUGGAUCUGGCACUAGAAGAUGUUGAGAAGAGCCCCGGUACCUUGAAGCCUAUACCCAACUUGAAGGGAGCCAACUUGGAUCAUCCCGACAAGGAAGCUGACAUUCUCAAGGCUGACAAGCCAGCUGGAACCAUUCGUGGCAAAGGAUGUGCCUGGCACCCCACGAAGAACCGAGCCAAUACCGUUCGUGAGGCGGCAACCUUGCAAUCCUUUCACUACCAGUACAAGUUUGAAGGGACAGUGACCGAACAGUACCGGCAGGUGGGCAAUGCUGUUCCAGGACGAAUGGCUCGUGCCAUUGCCAUGGCUAUCAAGGAGAGUUUGCGUUUCGUCUACGAUGAAGAGGAGAGCGAGAGCUUUGAGGCGCAAGUCCAAAGAGCGGAGACCACAGAAAAGAUGGUUGUCGACCUUACUGCCGACGAUAAUGACGAAGAGGAGAAAAAGGAAGAGGCGACCGAUAUGAAGAAGAAAAGUGUUGCCGGAGACGAUACCCCCAUGGAGGACGCUGUGGCAAUGGAAAACGCGGACAGCUAGAGGAAAGAAAGAUCCCGGGACGAUGCGGUACCAGGUACGCGGAUCUAUUCUGUACCACUCGUUGAAACCCCAAAAGAUCAAAACAUUACCACUUGAAAAAAGUAUAGGAACGAGAAAACCUUAUCACCAUAGUAUAUGUAGUCGUCAUAUUGAUGCUCCAGUAUUCGUUUC